AUGUUCCAGUACUUGUUUUUCUCUAUCUGCUUCAGCAUCCAGUUGCAGCCAGUGUCUUCAAUGGCCCUGGACCCCUGCUCAGCCUACAUCAGCCUGAAUGAGCCCUGGAGGAACACCGACCACCAGAUCAACAGCUCCCACGGGCAGCCGACGUGUGACGGUCAGAUCGACGGGGAGUGGUACCGCUUCACCGGCAUGGCCGGCGACGCCAUGCCCACCUUCUGCAUCCCCGAGAACCACUGUGGCACCCACGCGCCCAUCUGGCUGAACGGCAGCCACCCGCGAGAUGCCGAUGGCAUCGUCCCGCGCCAGGCCUGCGCCAGCUUCAACGGCAACUGCUGCCUCUGGAACACCACCAUCGAGGUCAAGGCGUGCCUGGGCGGGUACUACGUGUACCACCUCACCAAGCCCAGCGUGUGCUUCCAUGCCUACUGCGGGCAUUUUUAUGACAUCUGUGAUGUGGUGGAUUGCCAGGGCUCCUGCCUGGACACUGGUGACUGCACAUGUUCCCCGGGGACAACACUAGGACCUGAUGGGCAGACCUGUCUUGAUGAGAAUGAAUGUGAGCAGAACAAUGGAGGCUGCAGUGAGUUUUGUGUUAACCUGAAGAACUCCUACCGCUGCGAGUGUGGGAUUGGGCGCACGCUGGGAAGCGAUGGGAAGACCUGUGAAGAAAUUGAAGGUUGUCACAACAAUAAUGGAGGCUGCAGCCAUACCUGUAUUGAAGUGGAAGACAUGUAUCAGUGUGAAUGUCCAAGGGGACUUCUUCUGUCAGAAGACAACCACACUUGCCAAGUUCCAGUGCUGUGCAAGUCGAGCUCUAUUGAGGUCAACAUCCCAAAGGACCUGGUUGGAGGCCUGGACCUGUCCCUCAUCAACACUUCAUGCAAAGGAGUAUCCAACGGCACUCAUGUCAACAUCCAUUUUUCCUUGAAGUCCUGUGGCACUGUUGUAGACGUUGUAAAUGACAAAAUCAUUGCCACCAACCUGGUGACUGGCUUGCCAAAGCAGACCCCAGGGAGCAAUGGGGACAUCAUUGUCCGCACCAGCAAGCUGCUGAUCCCGGUGACCUGUGAGUUCCCGCGCCGGUACACCAUCUCCGAAGGCUAUGUGCCCAACCUCAAGAACUCUCCCUUGGAAAUCAUGAGCCGCAACCAGGGCAUCUUUCCCUUCACUCUUGAGAUCUUCAAAGACAAAGAUUUUGAUGAGCCCUACAGGGGUGCUCUUCCCACCCUCAAGCUUCGGGACUCGCUGUACUUUGGGAUUGAACCCCUGGUACAUGUCAGUGGACUGGAGACACUGGUCGAGAGCUGCUUCGCCACUCCCACCUCAAAAAUCGACGAGAUCCUCAAGUACUACCUGAUACAAGAUGGCUGUGUUUCUGAUGAUUCUGUGAAGCAGUACACGUCAAAGGACCACCUUGCCAAGCAUUUCCAGGUUCCUGUAUUCAAGUUUGUGGGCAAAGACAACAAGGAGGUCUUCUUGCACUGCCGCAUCCUGGUGUGCGGAGCACUGGACGAGAGCUCGCGCUGCGCCCAGGGCUGCCGGAGGCGAGUCCGCAGGUUGGCUGGGACAGAGGAGGAGGAAGAAGCUGGUCAUGUGGCAAACCACAUCCUGACCGGUGGCCCCAUCAGAAUUGACUUUGAAGAAUGA